GCGACGCAUUGGUCGCCGUCCAGCGGAGCCUCAUGCCCUCCAAGCCGUUCCCGUUGCCAGGCGUGCCCAAGGGGGAGGCGGACCCGCGCAGCAAGAGGUCCAUGGCGAAUGCGCAGAAGCAGCAGAGCGACGGCUUCGGCGAGGGCCUCUUGUGCGCUGCGGGGAAUGACCUGUUCGGCGAAUGCGAGUCGAGCGUAGGGGGCGGCGAGGUCAGCGACAACGGCCUCGAGGAGGAGGCCAUCGAGCGCGGCCGCGCCGCCGAGGAGGUGUUCGAUCUGGAUGUCGAGGGGCAGGAGGCGCUGUGGCAGCUCGAGCUAGACGGGACCCUAGUGGGGGAUCGCACAGCAUGGAGGUCACCACACGAGCGCACCCAGCAGACCACGGCGUCGCAGUUCGACCCCCGCGGCGCCGACGCGAAGGGUGCGCAGCACGGGCCUUGGGCGCGCGCAGUGGAACAGCACUACGGCACAACGCUCAAGAACGAAGUCACCGAGAGGCGCAAUUUUAGCUGCAGAGCAGAGGAGGUGCAAUUCACGAAGGGGAAUGUCAGGUUGGGCUAUCACGUCGACGCGGGCCUGGGCCAGUCGAUCAGAUGGCGGGGCACGCUGGCGUUCUACCCGGCGGAGCUGCAGAGGCGCGGCGGCGCGGGCGCGAGGGCCGUUCGCCUUCGAGCGCCGCGCAGGGACAUGGGCGGCUCCAUCCCCGGCGGUGGCAUCGCGAAGAUGACGGCCGAGGGGAAGCGCCGGCGCCGCGUCGCACUCGCCGGCAUCGAGUCCAUGAGCGAGAGGCAGCUCCAGAGCCCCAGGGCGGCGGCCUCGGCCACCGCGCGGGAGGGCAAGAGCGCGGAGGAGACCGCGCAGGAGGAGGACUGGGCGCCCGUCACCAUCGAGAGCCUGAUCUGCGCGAUCGACACCGCGGCGAAGAGCAAGGCGAAGGGCAUGGAGCAGUUCGGAGCCCCGGCGUUCAAUCGGCUUCUCCGCCUGCGCGAAGGCGAUCGGGCGACCGGCUUGCUGCUCGAGGCGGCGCAGCUCUGGCCCAUGCUGCGCGGCGGCCGCGCCGGCGAGCGGGCCGCCGACGCGGCGGGCAAGGGGGGCGCGGCGAUCGCGGGCAACAGCGCUCUCACAGAGACUCUGGUCCACUCCUUCGCCGACGAGGCCCUGGGGCGGCCGCCUAUGAAGGUCUACGCGGUGACGGCCUCGUGGAGCUCGGCGGAGUCCUGCGACAGGCCGGGGCCCGCCCUGAUCCUGGACGAAAAGCUCAGGCUCGGCAUCCCAGCUCGCGCUGUGCACUUGGAGAUGCUGAGCCACUCGGGCGCUGGGCCCAUCAGGGGGAGAACGGCGAGCGCGGAGCCCAUAGCGCCUGACAGGUCGAUAUGCGCAGGUGCUCGCCGAGGGAUCGACUUCGACUGGGUGGCCCUCUACGCGGCGCUGGAGAGGGUCAGCGGGAAGUUCCAGCAGGUCCACGCCCGCUCACGGGUGGGCGACGCCACCGCGAGGAUGGAGGGCUCGAGGCGCGAGGUGGUCAAGCAGUUGGCUAGCGCAGGGGCGGACUUCGCAUCGGGCGCUACGAUGGCGAAGCUCACGCCGUCCACCGAGUCGGCGCCGAUCGGCAGCAACAUGGGCGCGGCGAGGGGUGCGGCGCUCAAGCUGCACCCCCGAAACAUCGUGGCGGGCGAAGGCGCGAUGGUCAACGCCCUCGUCGACCUUGGCUGGGCACCGAAAGGGCCGCGGCACUGGGUCUCGGGCAGUGGCGAAGUUUUCGGAGGCGACGAGUCGACAGAGGCGCUCGAUGGCCAUGUGGACGUCAGCGAUCCCAAGCAAGCGCUGGGCGCGGCCAUUGAGAAGCGGCAGUGGUCGGAGGCGGCGAAGCGCUACUGCGGGGCCAGGCUGGAGGACGGCGCCGAUCUUCGGUCGGCGAAAGCGCUGAUCAAGAAGCUCUA